ACAGAGGCAACAACAACAAUUGAACCAACAACAAACACAAUUGAGGCAACAACAACCACAAUUGUGCCAACUACUUCAACCGAAAAUGAACCAAUGACUAAAACAGAGGCAACAACAACCACAAUUGAACCAACAAAAAACACAUUUGUGCCAACUACUUCAAACACAAAUAAACCAAUUACUACUACAGAGGCAACAACAACAAGAAUUGAACCAACAACAAACACAAUUGAGGCAACAACAACCACAAGUGAACCAACAACAACCACAAUUGUGCCAACUACUUCAACCACAAAUGAUCCAACAACUACAACUGAUGCAACAACAACCACAAAUGAUCCAACAACUUCAACCACAAAUGAAUCAACGACUACAACAGAGGCAACAACAACAAAUAUUGAGCCAACAACCACAGUUGAGGCAACAACUUCAACUACAAAUGAACCAACAACCACAAUUGAGGCAACAACAACCACAAUUGAACAAACAAAAACCACAUUUGUCCCAACUACUUCAACCACAAAUAAACCAAUUACUACUACAGAGGCAACAACAACAACAAUUGAACCAACAACAAACACAAUUGAGGCAACCACAACCACAAUUGUGCCAACUACUUCAACCGAAAAUGAACCAAUGACUACAACAGAAGCAAGAACAACAACAAUUGAACCACCAACAACCACAAUUGAGGCACAAACAACCACAAAUGAACCAAAAACAACCACAAUUGGGCCAACUACUUCAACCAAAAAUGAUCCAACAACUACAACUGAGCCAACUACAACCACAAAUGAUCCAACAACUACAAUUCAGACAACUUCAACCACAAAUAAACCAAUUACUACAACAGAUGCAACAACAACAAUUGAACCAACAACAAACACAAUUGAGGCAACAACAACCACAACAUUUGUGCCAACUACUUCAACCACAAAUAAACCAAUUACUACUACAGAGGCAACAACAAUUGAACCAACAACAAACACAAUUGAGGCAACAACAACCACAAGUGAACCAACAACAACCACAAUUGUGCCAACUACUUCAACCACAAAUGAUCAAACAACUACAACUGAUGCAACAACAACCACAAAUGAUCCAACAACUUCAACCACAAAUGAACCAACGACUACAACACAGGCAACAACAACAAUUAAACCAACAACAACCACAAUUGAGGCAACAACAACCACAAUGGAGGCAACAACUUCAACCAGAAAUGAGCCAACAUCUUCAACCACAAAUGAUCCAACGACUACAACAGAGGCAACAACAACCACAAUUGAACCAACAAAAAACACAUUUGUGCCAACUACUUCAAACACAAAUAAACCAAUUACUACUACAGAGGCAACAACAACAAGAAUUGAACCAACAACAAACACAAUUGAGGCAACAACAACCACAAGUGAACCAACAACAACCACAAUUGUGCCAACUACUUCAACCACAAAU